GGAUGUAUGUGUGUGACUUUCAUCUCAUCUUCUGGAGGUCUUGCGGAGAAAGGAAUCACUUUGUAUGGCUGGAUUUUUGUGGAUGAUGCAUAUAUUGGUUUUCUUUUUUUAACCAUGUCGUAUUAACUUCAUAGGAGUCAUGCAUAACUAUUUUGGAGCUUGUUUCUCAAUAGUGUUACUGAUUUUGACGUUUUGGACUGAGGUGUGCCAGUCGUCGGGUUAUUUAGAGCUCCAGUUGAUCAGCGUGGAGAAUGACAAGGGUGAGCUCGCGAAUGGAAACUGCUGUGACGGCGCGCGGAGCGCACGAGACGGUCUGUGCGACCAGGACGAAUGUGACACGUACUUGAGAGUGUGUCUAAAGGAAUACCAGGUGGAGGUCUCCACAUCUGGCUUUUGUACUUACGGCACUGGAAGCUCGAGCGUGCUCGGAGGGAAUACAUUUCAGUUGAAAGGAUUCAAUGGAAACCCAAACAAGGCCAAUGACCUCGGGACCGUUAUCAUCCCCUUUCAAUUCGCCUGGCCGCUAGCGUACACUUUGAUCGUGGAGGCUUGGGACUGGGACAACCAAACGAUCACCGACAGCAGUGAUGAUCUGUUGAUCGAGAGGAGUAUUAAUCGUGGAGAAAUGAACCCCGGAGAGGAGCAACGGAUCAUUCAGUACAAGGGCCAAACAGCCAGCAUCCAGUACAGCGUGCGUGUGCGCUGCGACCGAAAUUACUAUGGCAACAAGUGCAACAAACAGUGUCGCCCCCGAGAUGAUUACUUUGGCCAUUACACAUGUGAUCACUUCGGCAAUAUGCAGUGCAUGGAGGGCUGGACUGGGCCAGACUGCAAGGAAGCUAUCUGUAAGCAAGGCUGCAAUGAGCUUUACGGAUUCUGUGACACUCCGGGAGAUUGUGUGUGUAGGUUCGGCUGGCAGGGCCCACUGUGCGAUGAGUGUUUGCCGUACCCGGGGUGUAUGCAUGGCACCUGUGUGAAACCCUGGACGUGCACCUGCGAGAAGAACUGGGGAGGACUUAUGUGUGACAAAGAUCUAAAUUACUGUGGCACACACAAGCCCUGUGUAAAUGGAGGCAUGUGUCUGAAUACAGAGCCAGAUGAAUAUUUCUGCUCUUGCCCUGAGGGUUACUCCGGCAAAAACUGCCAUAUCGCUGAGCAUGCGUGCAUGUCAAAUCCAUGUGCAAAUGGCGGGACAUGUCAUGAGCUGGCAUCAGGGUUUGAGUGCCAGUGUCCCCCAGGGUGGGAUGGCCCAACUUGUGCUAAAGACAAAGAUGAGUGCACGUCAAACCCGUGCGCUCAUGGGGGGACCUGCUUUGAUUUGGAUAAUGGCUUUGACUGUUUAUGCCCCCCACAGUGGACUGGCAAGACCUGUCAGAUAGACGUGAAUGAGUGUACGAGGAAACUUUGUCUAAACGCUUAUGCUUGUAAAAAUCUAAUUGGUGGAUAUCAUUGCAACUGCUACCCGGGCUGGGCGGGACCGAACUGUAAUAUCAAUGUCAACAGCUGUUACGGUCAGUGUCAGAAUGGAGGAACCUGUCAGGAUGGUCGUCAUGGUUAUGUGUGCCAGUGCCAGCCGGGAUUUAUGGGAAGACACUGUGAAGUGCAGCAGAGCAGGUGUGCAAGCUCCCCAUGUCAAAAUGGUGGACGGUGCCGUUCGCUAGCCACGGGCUAUGAGUGCGAGUGUCAGUAUGGAUACACUGGAACCAACUGUGAGGUGCAGGUGGAUCUAUGCAGUCCAAACCCGUGUCAGAAUAAAGCCCAGUGUCACUCUCUGCAGGGAGAUUUUUACUGCGCCUGCACAGAUGAAUAUGAGGGGAAAACAUGCAGUCAGCUACGAGACCACUGCAAGACCAGCACCUGCCAAGUGAUUGACAGCUGUACUAUUGCCGUGACAACUAAUGGCACAGCAAAAGCGGUACGACACAUCUUAUCAAAUGUGUGUGGUCCUCACGGGCGCUGCAUCAGCCAGUCAGGAGGAAACUUCACCUGUGCCUGCCAACCAGGAUUCACUGGCACAUACUGUCAUGAGAAUAUAAAUGAUUGUGCAUCAAAUCCUUGUCAAAGCGGAGGAACAUGCAUUGAUGACAUCAACUCCUUCCGCUGUGUCUGUCCUGAUGGCUUUGAUGGGCAACUCUGUAACCUGGACGUGAAUGAGUGUAGUGGUGAGCCCUGUCUAAAUGGAGGUUUUUGUGUCGAUCUGCUGAAUGAUUUCUACUGUCGCUGCACUGACAACUGGAAAGGAAAGACGUGUAACUCACGAGACAAUCAGUGUGAUUCCAGUACUUGUGCUAAUGGAGGAACGUGCUACGAUCAUGGAGACUCGUUUCGAUGUGCGUGUCCUUCCGGCUGGGGUGGCAGUACAUGUAACACAGCCAUGAACAGCUCGUGUGAAUCUGGUCCGUGUCUAAAUGGCGGGACUUGUAUUGGAGGGGGCAGCGUCUUCACCUGCAUCUGUAAGGAUGGAUGGGAGGGGCCUACCUGUGCUCAGGAUGUUGAUGACUGCAACCCUCAUCCCUGUUAUAAUGGGGGACAGUGUGUGGACGGGGUCAACUGGUUUCGUUGUGAGUGCGCACCUGGAUUUGCCGGGCCUGACUGUCGCAUCAACAUAGAUGAGUGUCAGUCCUCUCCAUGUUCAUAUGGAGCCACAUGUGUGGAUGAGAUUAAUGGAUAUCGCUGUCUGUGCCCAGUGGGACGAGCUGGACUGCGCUGCCAGGAGUUCAUUGGUGUUGGGAAGGCAUGCGAUCGCUCGGGGUUGCAGCUUCAUCACGGUGAUCACUGGGAGGAUGGGUGCAACAGCUGUCAGUGCAUGAACGGAAACAUCAGAUGCACUAAAGUGCGUUGUGGUCGUCAGCCCUGCAUGUUGCAGACAGACUCUGAUGAGCCACAGCACCCCCUGUGUCCACUAGGACAGAAGUGUGUAGCGCAUGAUUUCCUGUCUUGCCUUCGUCCACCCUGCAGUCAGCUGGGGAUAUGCUCCAACUCUGACCGUCUACAGCCCUUCAGCACUCAGUGCCUACCCAACAACGGCUACCUAGAUGAUAACUGUGCUCAUGUCACGCUUGUAUUUGACUCUGACAGUGUCCCGCAGGGCACAACCACUGAAGGUGUUUGCACAGAGCUAACGUAUCUGCCAAUCAUGCGAACCCUGGCCAAAGACCACACCCUUUUCAUUCUUUGUGACCAAUCACCGUCCAACCAUAAUGCUGUGGAGGUUGCUAUGUCAUAUGAGCAAAACGACUUUGUUGAGGGACGAGCUCAGAUACAGGAUGUUGUCCGCUCCAUCAUUGAUGUUCUGUCCAAACCUCACAACAGCACGUUACUUUUGGCUGUGAGAGAGGUCAGAGUUGACACUCAGGACCCGCGUCCCCAAGUUGGUUACCUCAUCCCGUUGCUGUGUGUGUUAUUUGUGGUAUUAUGGAUCUCAUGUGUCAUCGUGUGCGUGUGGUGGUUCCGGAGACGCAGGAAAGCGAGACAAAGAGAGGACACGCAGAUGGAAGAGAGCAUCAACAACCAGCGUGGGACACUACUGAGCACUCGCACACCUCACAAAGACAACACGGACCCGCUGCAGGAGAACAAGAACCUGCUUUACCCUCUGGAUCGGGUUGGAGACGGAGCCGAGCGAGAGGAAGAGGAGGAAGAGGGAGACGAAGAGAGUGACAGAGGGGUAGUACUGCAUAAGUGCUCAUCUCGCGCGUACUCUAAAGGGGAUGCAGUGUACACUAUUCACACUGCAGCCCAAAAUCAGCCACACAGGACACACUACAGCAGCAAAGACAACCGCUGCAAGAACAAUGUGAACGAGAGCUUAAGCGAGCACAUGAAAGAUCAUUACGUAUGAAAGAGCCAGACAAACUGGAAAAACAUAAGUAUUUUUUCACCGACUGAUCUGAAAGCAUCUGGGGCUUGUGCGAUUGGUGUUUUUCAUCUUUUUUUCAUCGUGUAGUCAAAUGAAACAGGGAUUUGUGUCACAUAAAUGCAGCAAAUCAGACUGUCAAAGAAUGGUUUUUAAAAUCCUUUUCUUUUGUUUACACUUGCACUCACUUUCCUUAAAAGAAGGACAUUUUUACACAAGGCUGAACUUUGAGAUUAUGUCUGUGAACUGUGGCGAGACCUUUGACCCUUGGGGCUGAGGAGAAAUCAGCGAUAGGCAGCUUUAAAGUGUUUUUGAUUAUGUCCAGACCUGCCCAAAUUCAAGUGUUAGGAGCUGUUAAAUCUUCCAGAGGUAUAUAUAUUCAAGUGCCUCAUUAAACCUUCACGAUAGUUCUUACACCUUUUAUAUACAUUUUUAAUGAUGAUACUCACGUUGGUUCUUAUUGUUUUUGUUAACAAAUGCUACAUACACACUUAAAGGGUUAGUACACCCAAAAAAAAAGGAAGAUUCUGUCACCAUUUACUUACCUUCGUGUCAUUCUAAACCCAUAUGACCUUCUUUCUUCUGUGUAACACAAAAAUUAACAUAAGAGUGUAGUUAAUCGCUCAGGAACUGGAGCUUUCAAGCUUCAAAAGGGGCUCAAAAGCAGCAUAAAAGUAUCGUCAACGUAUCAUAAAAUACAUUCGUAUGUAAUAUUCAAAGUCUUUUGGAGCCAUAUGUGAAAUUUUGGUCUGUUCGUCAGACAUGAAUCAGACAAUCUCUACCUCUUUCACCAGGGCGGAUGUCAAGAUAUUCACUGAACAAUGACUUCAGAAAAGAUACAUUUAUUUUUAAGAUACAUUCAUGGUUCUUUUUGUAAUUAUGGAGCUUGAAAGCCUCAGUCCUCAUUCACUUUCUAUAUACAGAAAAGAGAGAAUGACAUGUGGAAUGACAUAAAGGUGAGUAAAUGAUGACAGAUGACAUUUUUGGAUGAACUAUCCCUUUAAAGGCCAAUUCACACUGCACAGACAAACGCCCAACAAACACGUUUGUUGGGUUUUGUUGGAUCAGUGCGUUACCCCUGUUGGCGUCUUGGCAUUGGUCGGUGUUUGUUUUCACCCGAGUGAACAUGUUCAAUCAGCGUUUGUUGGUGUCUGUUAGGGCAGUGUGAACAUGACAGUUAUUUUUCAUAAAAUUUUAAAUCCAACGGCCAACUUGUUUGUUGGCGUUUAUCUGUACGGUGUGAAUUGGCCUUAAGACUGUUGAGAUAAAAGGUUUACUUUUUUAUUGAAAUUCACCUUCUUUGGGAAUUGGUACUCAUAGUCCAGACAGUAAAAGAGUAUUCUGACUGAUACACUUUCACUCAGCUCUUGAUUAUAGCUCAUUUUUUGUGUUCUUUCACAUGACACAACAGUCAUAAAAUCAAGGGCCACUUCACUCAACGCACUAUUGUGUUGUCCCAAAACAUUUGGCUUUUUGGUCACACAGUAGGGAAAUUGAUUUUAGUUCUUUAAUUACUAAGAGGUAAUUCAUUAUAAUGACAAAAUAUGCAUAUGUACAUAUGUAAAUAGUGAAAAAAGACAUAGCUGUGUAUAUUUGAGAUUAGUAAGUUAUGUGACACCUUUUUAUUAUUGUCAUUCUUAGAAUUGUUAUUACUUUUUCUUAUUCUCUCCUUCAGUCGCUCUCUUUUUCAACUGUCAUUCCUUUUAUUUAUGUUGGCCAGAAAAUGUUUUAUAUAUAAAUAUGUAAAAUGACCACAGGCUGUUAGUCUGUGGGGACUCUUUAAGAAAUACUCUAAACAUUGAUGAUCUGUCUUCAUGUUAGAAUAGAUUAUCUGUGUUAUUUUUUUAUGACUUUCCUAAUGAAUGUCGACUUGGGGAUUGGACACAUUGACCAUGCUGAAAGUAAAAAUCAACAACAAAUGUUGUCACUGAUCACUACUUCUGAAGGUCUAAAUACUUCAUUGGAGAAAGAAUACAAAAACUAAAAAGACUAAAAAAUAUACUGCGUGUCCGAGUGGCACUUGUCUCCUUGGAAAAGUCCAACACCUGCAUUUUCAAGCCACUGUCAGUCAUGAUGUAAUUAUGUGUUUAUAUUAGUGACCCAGACUGUCUGGCUUUUAAGUUGGAUGUUGGAAGAUUUGUUUUUUAUUAUUAUUAUUCUUAAAUGUUUUCAGAACAUCAUUGCUUGGUAUUAUUCUACAAUUCAAACUGAACCACAAACAGACCAGAGUCUUUUCAUGAAAUGACCCACGUCAAGAACAGAAAACACUUGAUUUUAAAGUGUAUCUUCUGUCUGAGUAUUGUGUUGAAUAUUUAAAAAAUGGUACUAUAUUACUAUAAUACCAUUUUACAAAAGAAUAUUAUGAGUAAAGAUUUAAUUAUGUUAUCUGAAAACCUCCCUCAUUUAGGGUGGCUGGGGUAUAUUUCCCCCUCCUUUAUUUAUGAGCUGUUCUGUCAAAUUUGAUCGGGGUCAAAUCAAAUGCAAUUAUUCAAGGUUUCUGGAAGGUCAGGAAAUUUGUAUCAGUGCAUGUUGCUGUGGCUGAAUGAAGGGAACAAUUUAGGUUUUUUCAUUGUCAUUUCAUUUGGCGUCUUUAGUGCAGAAAAAUAUUACAGUUGAAUAUAGAAAUAAUUUGAUAGUAAUUCAGAUGUAUUCACGUUUUGAAUCUUGCCAUUUUCAAUAUUGUAAUAUAAAAGAAUUGAAACAUGUAAAAAACAAAAAAACAAAACGAAAAACCUCCAUUAAAGUCCAUUAUUACUGCCUGUGAUUAGUUCUACAUGCACUGAUGCUCAUACUGAAUCUGGCAUUUCAUUUGUUACAUCUGUUUGAUUUUCCCAACAAGUAUUUAUUAAAGACUUUUGUACCUA